GUUAUCACCAAUUCCUCAAUUUCCUUCAGAAAAGUGUGAAUUGUAUCGCUGGCCAUUUGAGGAAGUUAGUUAACAAAACUGGUGCCUACGUUGAGAUUUAACUUAUUCCUAUGUUUUCUUAUGUAUGUGGUUUCUUAAUAAAUCAGGAUAAUUAUGAAAUAAUUUAUAACAGUUUUAGAAUACCUAGUUACUUUUCACCCACCCGGUACAUUAAAGAUUUCAAUAUAACCUGUUAUCAUGAUAAAACUUUUUUAUUUUAAAAUAUAUGGAACCACUAAUUCACAAAAAACUGUCAUGUUUGUUAAGUUUUUAAUGAAAUUUUGUUAUUUAGGAACUGUUUUGAAUGGGAAUCGACCCUGCAGAGUUUGAUAGCUCUCAUUUUCUUCAUCAUGAUGUGCUACUACUUCCAGCCCUACAUGGUUCCUGUAGCUAUGCUCCUAAUCUUCUUCAAAUGUUACAUCGUGCAAAGUCUUACGGGUGGAAUGGGUUUCAUAUGAUGAUGAAGAUGAACCUUUGGGAGACGAUGAUGAAGAUGAUGAUGACAAAGACAAAGAGGAGAAGAAGAGCUUGAAAGAGAGACUUCAAGCAAUACAGGAGGUUACCCAGACAGUCCAGAACUCUAUAGGAUAUAUAGCUUCUUUAGGAGAGAGCAUAAAGAACACAUUCAACUGGACAGUGCCGUUCCUUAGCUACCUGUCAGUGGCAGUGUUGGCAAUCGUGGCGGUGGUACUCUAUUGGGUACCGGUUCGCUACCUCAUCAUGGCCUGGGGUGUGAACAAGUUCGCCCGCAAGCUGAUCAGACCUCACACGGUUCCCAACAACGAGGUCCUGGACCUCCUGUCUAGGGUCCCCACCAACGAGGACUUGAUCAUGUUCAGAGAACUGAAGCCACACCCCACGACGGACGUGGAGAGGCGCAGAGAUCCACGCAAGAAACACAAAGUCUCAUAGUACACUCUCAGCCGUUGUCGAGUCACCGAAGCCUUCAUAGUUUGUAAAUACUAGAGAUUUGUAAACCCCAAUGUGUUUCUACUUGAUACCUGUAUGAAGCGAAGGUUGAAAGCCGAAAGUUGUUUUGCGAUAUAUUCUAAUUAUUUGGUCCCAAACCGUUAAAUUACAUUACUGUCCAUGGGUGAGUGAAGAAACUUAAUAUCCACUUCACAACGGAGAAAUCAGCAUUGGGAUUCCUCUCCACUCCCCCUCCUCUCUCUCUCUCUCUCUCUCUCUCUCUCUCUCUCUCUCUCUCUCCCUCUCUCUCUCGUCAAACUCAGCAAAUUAUGUAGUGGCCAUAGAAAAAACUUCAACUUUAAAAGAACUCUUAAUCGUUGAAAACUUCUCAUCAGUUAACGUUCUUCAUUUGUUUGAUCCGAUGGCCAGAAUAUUUUACUGAAAUAGAUAACAGCUGAUUGUGGUUGGUAAAACGUCAUUGAAUCAGAGACGUAUAAGUUCCUUCACUCGCCUCAUGACCAGUACAGUGGCACAAUUUAUGAAGGGUUUCUUAACAAGCGCUUGUUUGCCUUAAUACAUUUAGAUUUUAGCUUGUUAAACGAAUUUUAGCUGUUACGUUUGGAAAGUGGUUCAACUAAUAUGUUUAGUGCUGUUCGGGAGAAAUCCCGAUGAUCGCUUAGGAGUGAUUUAGUCAAUUGUAAGAAAUAUUCGUUAAUUUUGUACUUAAUAAACCUUGUUUGGA